AUGACUUCUCACGCUUCUCGAUAUCACGUUUCCGAAAGCCUUUUUACCAGCAGCAUCAGAAAAGACAGAAGACAGAGCGUGGCUUUUGCGAGCGGAAAUACGUGUUGGAGGAGGAAAAGGAGCUUUUUAACAUCUUCGACGAGUAGUAGUAGUAAUAGUAGUAGUUUUACCACACCAGAACCCCCAAUUGGAAAUGGAAAAUGCGAGAACGAAGUAAACGAGUUGGAGAACGAACGAGUGCGAGAACAAAUAUCACAGCUCCCGAUUAAAGACGUCAUCGAAGACUGCUUGCGAGUUCUUUUUGAAAACGAAAACAAUGAUUUGAUUUUACAAGCCCCACCGGGUGCUGGGAAGACGACUGCACUCCCUUUAGCGAUGAUGUGUUCUCGACGCGGGAAACGUUGGUUUUCGUCUGCUUCAGAAGGAGGGAAAAUUUUAGUUUUAGAACCGAGACGGGUUGCGGCGCGCGCGGCUGCCACACGCAUGGCGUCGAUUUUAAACGAAAGAGUUGGGGAGACGGUUGGGUAUCAAGUACGAUUUGAAAGACUGGUAUCGUCAAAGACACAAAUUGAGGUGGUUACGGAAGGCGUGUUGAAAAAUAGAUUGGCGAAAGAUCCGAGUCUGAAGGGCGUUUCGUGCGUCGUGUUCGACGAGUUUCACGAGAGGAAUUUAGAUGCGGAUUUGAGUUUAGCGUUAGUUUUGAGAGCGAAGAGUAAGUUUGGGAGAGGGAAGGACUUGAAGGUGUGCGUGAUGUCGGCGACGUUAGGGGACGUGGCGGUCAGGUGCCAAGAGUUGAUGAGGAAGACGUUACGAAGAAAAGAAGGCGAAGAAGAGUAUUUUUAUUACGACGCGCCAAUCGUGCAAUCGGAAGGCAAAUCGUUCUCGGUGGAAACGAUAUACGUGGGAGGCGGAGGAAUAAAUGGUGCGUAUAACGACACAGAAGAAGUUGCCGUAAAAACCAUUCAAAAAGCUCUCAGCGAUACGCCGAACGGUGGGAAUAUUUUAGUCUUCCUCCCCGGCGCGGCUGAGAUUCGAAGGGUCGUGAAGUCUCUGAAAGAUCGAUUAGGGGAUUCACAUUUUGAGAUUUUGCCUUUGUACGGAGCGUUGCCGACGAACGAGCAGAAUUACGCGUUGAUGCCUUCAAAUACACCCGCGAAACGAAGAGUCGUCGUCUCGACGCCGAUAGCAGAGUCUUCUCUGACGGUUCCCGGAGUGACCAUCGUCGUCGACUCGGGAUUACGAAGAGCGCCAAAGUACGACCACAGUAAAGGCAUGACUCGAUUAACGACUGAACGAGUUUCGAUUUCGAGCGCGGACCAGAGACGAGGUCGAGCCGGUCGCAUAGCGGAAGGAAUGUGUUACCGAAUGUGGAGCGAAAACAGUAUGGCGACAUCUUUCCAGAAAGAAACGACGCCGGAGAUUUUGACCGCCGAUUUGACGAGUUGCAUGUUGACCAUCGCCAACGCGCUCGGUGGAGAAUUGUCGACCAAGGAUAUUUUUUCAUCGCCAUCUUCAUCUUCUUCCGAGAAAGAAGUGAAGGAGGGUUCGAUAUCGUCUUCGUCACCAGCUUUGGCUUUUUUAGAUCCACCUCCGGCUGGACCGGGCAAAAACGCGCUCAAACUUCUCGAAAAACUCCGCGCGAUUGAAGUCGUCGAAGAAGACCGGGAGUCCUCGAACGUCACGUACUUUGUUUCCGAGAAAGGUAAAGCGAUGAACGGUUUACCGUGUCAUCCUCGUAUAGGUGCGAUGUUAUUAUUCGCGAGUCAAAGAGGUGCGGCGAGUACGCGAUUAGCGUGUCAGCUCGCGGCGGGCGUCGAUAGUGAUAAGAGUCUUUUGCGAGGUAGAGACGCGCCGCUGGACGCGAGAAGUUACGCCAGAGCGAUUCAAGGACGAGAUGUCAUCAUAGCUGAUAUUGGUAGUAGGAGCUCGAUGAAUAGUGACGAUGACAACAGCGAUGAUGAGUACCGUAAAAAGCUCGGCAAGAAAGUCGGCGAACGUGGGAUUGAUGUUAUACGCGUUCCGGUAGACGCGAAACUGCCGAGCUCAAGCAAACGCUCGAAGAAUAUGAAAAAGGCACCAAAAGGCAAAAAAACGAGCGCAAAAUCUGCAAUCAUCGACGCGCUUUCGAAAUCGUACAACAGUGAGAGCAGUGGUGGUGCAGGUACCGGUAGCAAUUCUUCGUAUUUGGACUUUGAUGUCGAUCCGUUUGCGGUUUCCGAGGCGCGAAAAUCGUCGCAACAGUUGGCGAGGAACAUUCGGAGUCUCGCCAACGACGCGCCAGCGGCGGAUAUUCUUAGAAUUGCAAAGUCGGUUUCAACGGAUAUCGAUUUGGAUGGAUUAAACGCGAACGAACCAGUAUACGAAGAAAUCUUUUGCGGCGCGAAGCAGUUCGAAGCGUCCGUUUUGCUCGCGGCUGCUUUUCCAGAUCGAAUCGCUAUGAAAUCCAGCGGUAAAGGAUCGAACACGUUCAAACUGAGCGGCGGAGGCGCAGCUUCUAUUUCCGCCGACAACAGGGACGACCCGAUUGCAAAAGCCGAAGCGUUAGUUAUUUGUGAAAUGUUUGGAGGAAACGACGGGAACGGCGGUAAGAACGACAUCAUCAAACUCGCGUCGCCUUUAACGAAAGGUAUUCUCGCGACUGCCGCGGCGACGGAUGAAAACCUGAAAUUUUGUUUGAACGUAUCAACAAAGCGCGAAAUUACGUGGGCGGAAAGCUCGAACAAAGUUGUCUCGAGAAAAGUUACGAGAAUUGGUGACGUUGUUUUGGACGAAAAAGUAGUCGAAGCGACAGAAAGCGAAAUGUCGGAGGCUAUCGUCGAAAGAGCGAAAAAGGUUGGCGUGUUUACAUUCUUCAACGUGAGCGGGGAUAAAAAUCUUAACGCGUGGAUAAAGCGAUGCGUGUUCGCGCACAGUUGCAAUCCUGAAUCGUUCCCGGACUUUCGCGAUAAGUCGAUAACUAAAACUGUCGCCGAGUGGCUUCCGCAAUGGGUCGUCGGAUGCGCCUCGAAACAAGACAUCUUGAAAAAAACAAACUUGAGACAGAUUCUGGAAACUACCAUGCUCUCGCACGAGGACAAACGAGUACUGGACAAAAGUGUUCCCGAAUCAAUUCGUUUACCUUCAGGCACCCAAAAGAAAAUUAAUUACGAAAACGUAAGCGAAAACAACGCCCCAGUCAUCGAGUGUCGAUUGCAAGAGCUGUUCGGGUUACCCGACACGCCCACCAUAGCCGGUAAAAAAGCCGAGUUGCACUUACUCUCGCCUGCGAGUCGACCGGUACAAGUGACCACUGAUUUGAAGUCCUUCUGGGAAGUGGAAUACGAAAACGUAAGGAAAGAGUUGAAAGGCCGCUACCCUCGACACUAUUGGCCGGAGAACCCUUUGGAGGCUGAACCGACUGCUCGCGCGAAGCCUCGCAACAAAUAA